CUCCAUCCGCAAACCGCCUCGCAGCCGUUAAACCCUAAGAUAAUUUUCUUCCGGUAUUUUCUCUCUAACCAAACACACUUUCAAGUUAAAAACAAAACUCCCAAGCAAGAGACGAACAUUAACUCUCAACGUUUCGGCCAUUGUUACAGCUCUCCAUUUUCAUCACCUGAAUCAGAAGUUAUCGCCGGCGAAACUCCUCUGGUCACCGAUGGGGUCAAAGAAAGCUAAUAAGAACAAGCGGAACAAAUCCUCGGAUUCUUCGACGCCGGCGCGAGAUAGCGACGGUGGCGUAGGCGGUUCCGAGAUAAUCACCGACUCCAGGUUCGCUUCCGUACACUCGGACCCUCGCUUCCAGAAGGUUCCGAAGCACAAGGCCAAGGUGGAGAUAGACUCGCGGUUCGACCGCGUUUUUACGGACAAGAGGUUCGGUUCGUCUGCGGCUCCGGUCGACAAGCGAGGCAAGCCUAAGAAGCAGGACUCGGAGAAUUUUCUGCGCCAUUAUUACCGAAUCGAAGAAAGCAAAGCCGAAGAGAAAGAGGAGGAAGAAGAAGAGGAGGUGGAAGGGGAGAGAAAGAGUCAGGAAUUGGCGAAACGCGAAUCGGAGACCGAGUCGAGCGGUGAGUCCGAGACCUCCGAGUCGGAGGAGGAUGAAGCGGAGAGCUCGGAAUCGGACACGGAUGAAGAUGAAGACGAGUUGGAUGAUGAACCUGAAGCCCCGGAGGAACAUAUACCAGAAAUUGAAAAGGAAACCCACAGGCUUGCUGUUGUUAACAUGGAUUGGAGGUAUGUUAAGGCCGUUGACAUGUAUAUGAUGUUGAGCUCAUUUCUGCCUAAAGAUGGACAAAUUCUCUCCGUAGCUGUCUAUCCUUCUGAGUUUGGACUUCAGCGUAUGAAAGAGGAAGAAGUUCAGGGUCCUGUUGGCCUCUUUGAUGGUGAAAGUGAGAAAAGUGGCGAUGAUAGUGAUGAUGAUGACAAUGAGAUGUACACUGAGAAGCUGCGUGCUUAUGAGAAAAGCAGGCUAAGGUAUUACUAUGCUGUUGUCGAAUGCGACUCUGUUGCCACUGCAGAUUACCUUUAUACAGCUUGUGAUGGGCUUGAGUUUGAAAGAUCAUCAAAUGUGCUUGAUUUGAGGUUUAUUCCCAAUUCGAUGGAAUUUAAACACCUACCUAGGGACAUUGCAACAGAGGCGCCUGCAAACUAUGAGGGCUUAAAUUUCCAAACUCAAGCGCUGCAACAAAGUAAAAUUCAUCUCUCUUGGGAUGAGGAUGAACCGGAGCGUGUAAAGACGUUGAAACGGAAAUUCAAUGCUGAUCAGCUUGAAGAAUUGGAAUUGAAGGAGUUUCUUGCUUCUGAUGAGAGUGAAAGUGACAAGAGUGAGGAUGAUAAUGCAACGGAGGAUCAGCUAGAUAAAAAGCAAAAAAAGCGAGACAUGUACCGUUCUUUACUCCAGUCUGGCGAUGCGUCAGAUGGAGAUGAUGAAGAGGGCGGCCAGGAUAUGGAGGUCACUUUCAAUACCGGCUUGGAGGACAUAAGUAAACGCAUCCUAGAAAAGAAAGAUAAGAAACAAGAAACCGUGUGGGAGGCCAAGCUCAGAGAACAACGCGAAAGAAAGAAGCGUAGAAAGAAUAGGUCUAAACAUUCAUCGGAGGAUGAAAGUAGUGAUAUUGAUCAAGAGGCUAUAGAAGAACCGGAUGACUUUUUCGUUGAAGAAGAGCCUUCAGUUAAAAAACGUAAGAAGUCUGAUGGCAAAACUUCGAAAAGGGAAAAGCAACAAGAAGAUGCUAAUGGGCAAGCUGAAGCAACCAAAGACGAACUUGAAUUACUACUUGCUGAUGAUACCGUUACAGACAAAAGUGUCAAGGGCUAUAAUUUGAAACCUAAGAAGAUCAAGGGAAAAGAUGGGAAAAAGAUUAAAGAAAUCCUAGAGGAGGACAAAAUACCGCCUGUUGCUGACGAUCCCCGGUUCUCAUCCCUCUUCACUUCACCGGACUUUGCUAUGGAUCCCACAGACCCACAGUUCAAAAGGAGUGCGACUUACGCCCGGCAAGUAGCACUGAGAAAGCAGAAGGCUAAGGAAGAAUUUGCUGAAAGGGAGAACUCGGUAGCUCCCGAACCGCAGGCCGAUGUUGACGAGCAAAUGAAGUCCAAUGCCCAGUCCUUCAAGAGAGAGAAGUACGAAUUAUCGACAUUGCUCAGGUCGGUUAAGAUGAAAUCUAGGCAAGUUAAAUUACCCUCUAAUGGGAAUGCGUUGAAGAAAGACGACGGCUCGAAAUCCAGUGGUGUGGAGGAGAAGAAGAAAAGGAAGAUGAAGGAUGAGUACUCAACCUUGGUUCAAUCACUCAAGAGGAAAACCCAGAAAGCUCAAGACUGAAAAAAGAGGACAAAGAAAUGCCACCUGAACAUCGUACAAAGAAGUGGAUGUUGAGGGGUAGAAAUUUGAAAAUUAUUUGACAGACUACAUGUUGGUUUAUUUAUGGCUGGUUGUCUUUUACAUAAUGGUUAAGGACUUAAGGUUCCGGUUAUGUUGUAUUGAGGACAAUUUUGUUUGCGGGUUUUUUGUUUUUAUCUAUUGUCGUCUGUUUAUACAUUAGCUACAAUGCAUUGAAUAAUAGACUUUAAUAAUUG